AUGGCCUCGGUGCGCUCACUUGGCCUACACCAUCCCCCCGCAUUGCCUUUUCUCAUCAACGAGGGCCUCCUCCCAGUCGAUCCCUCCGACGACGACUACGUAUGGUAUACGCAACGAGCUGAAUCCGAAGAUGAUAUUACAUACACCAAGAGUUGCGCUGUUUGGUCACGCAGCGGUGUUGUGAAGCGUGUCUUUAAAGUUGAAAUCGAGAAGGAGGAAAUUCGACAUGUCAUUCUCACAAACUUUCCUUCGGUGACUACUCGAGAAACCACCAAGAGCUCGGAUACAAAGUCAAUUGGUGUGAAAGGAGGAUUCUCUGUCGGUCGUGUUCAAAAUGUCGAGGAAGAGGAUAUAGCAAAGGUUGUCGUGGCUCCCAUUGACCAUGGAUUCACAAAGGGACGGUUACAUUCGCACGAAGAUGAAUCUAAAGCCCUGGUUGUUGUUCUCAAAACUCAGGCACAUAUAUUCUUUCUCGCAGGAAACAGCCAUGUCGUUCCCUUACCCUUUGAAGUGGACUCCGUAUUUGCUUCUCCGCGAGGCUUGAUAUUUCAGAGACAAAUUCCUGAGGCACCGUCGACAUCUUUGCCAGGAGCGCCUCCAAACUCCUUCUUGUCGCACAGCUUUACAGACAGUCGGAGAAGCGACAACUUCAGAUCUUCAAGAGGUAGAGAUGAUCGACUCUCGUCCACAGAACAGCUAUCUCGGUCACAGAAGAAGAAUGACGAUCUUGAUAUGCCUCGGACUUUCUCCUUGACGGAUCCUCAUUCGGAGAUGGGUCACGUCAUUGCCAAUCAGUCCACGCAUACAGCUCACGCCGCUCAAGAUUCUUGGGCUUUUGAUAGUUUAGACCCUGCAGAAGAAAUUGUCUACGUUUCAACAGCCAACGAGCUCACAGGAGACAAUAUCUCUCUCAAAGAUUCGCCGCUGGUUCUUGUGGUCACAGUAAACACAGAAACCGGCCUUUACACUAUUUGGAAUGCAAAAUUCCGAACCGACGUCAAUGGACAAACGUCAAAGAAACGAAAGAAACCGCUUGCUAGCGGAGCUCGAUCAAAACGACGAAGUUCGCAUUAUGGAAUGGCUACGGGUGCUACAACGCCUGUUGUACGCCCUUCUGGUAUAAGAGAGAGUAUUGGUGCAGGCCGAAACAUCCAUGGAACUUCGUUCUCUCAAAGUUUCCAACUAGACGAUCCUCCGGAGCCAACAGAUUUUGCCUCCCAGAUGGGACAAGAGUUUGAAGACAUUGGAGUGCCCUCGAAAACUUCACGACGUGUUAGUUCAUUGCUUGCUAGAUCUGAUCUAGGUGGUAGUCAAGAUAGACAGGCCUUUUCUGAUCUUGCAACGGGCAACCAAGGAGGGAUAACAAAUCAUGGUAGUCUACGCCAAUCGAUAGGAGGCUACAGUACUCGUGCCAGCUUUGGUUAUAACUUGCGGAGCUCCUUCGCCGGAAACGCUUCUAUCUAUAGUAAUGCCAGUAGCUUCUUGGAUGCUCCUGUUGACCGGCUACUUGAGGAACUCAACAAUGGCGGUGACUUUGAAGGAUUCGAAAGCAUGGACCUUACAGGGCCCAUGUCUGGCCUUCCCAAAGAAAUGAUGCUUCGGAAGGUUGAAACCUUCUCAUCGGGUCUGUCGACUGGCAGCUUCUCUUUCUCUGAGCUGAAACGGACUCGUCCUAAGCCCAAAGCAUUUACACUGCGGCCCAACGAAAGCGUCCAUCAGAAGACGUCCACCUCAGCGCAUCUUGCUCUCUGCUUACUUGAUUCAAUAUCUAAUUGUUUAGUUGUCGUGGAUCUGAAAGUCCAGAACUUGGGUCUGUCAGAGAGAGACAGAAGAAAACAAAAGAUAUCCCAGAAGAAAAGCGAGGUGUUUACAGUUAUUCACGCUAUAGGCAUACAACAUGCUGCAAAUGUCAUGGAUGUGUGCAAGAUUGUCGACGACGGCAUAUCGAGAAUAUUGACUCUCAAGUCUACCAUCGAUGGCAAAGGCGAGAUAACCUUACAGUCUCCGUGGAGUCCUUCGAUCAAAAUUGAACUUCCGUCUAAAUUAUCAUUACACUCGCCCGAUCGACUUUCAAUUGUCCAAAACCGAGCACCUGACACCGGCUUGAAAAGGGUUAUAGGCGAUUCAAAUCUGAAACUUGCUGCAUUUGGGCGGUCUUCCUCUCGUGGCCAAGUUGAUAUUGUUGAUUCGCAAAAAAGAUGUCACCGUAUCGAAAUUCAACUACAACCCAGGAACCCUCUCGUGAAAAAAGCGUUGGCUGUAUGUCGUUUUGCUCUUCGAGAAUCUCUUCGAGCUGCAGAUGGAUUAUAUACCGCUUGGUGGGAAGUACUACGAUGGCUUUUUUCACGUGGAUCUGAUGAAAAUGACCUUGAAUGGACUGCUUUUAUUGUUAUGAUUUUUACUAUGGCAGUUGGAUUCAUUGAUUCGCCACAGCCUCGGCCGGCUAAGAAACAGAGACGUAAGGGUGGUAUCUUGAGGUCAAGUAGCGGUAGCUACAUUGAUCAAGAAAGUUGGGACUCUAUGACGGAGAAAAUAGCUGGAUCGUCAGGAGUCACAGCAUCGUGGAUGAUGAACAGUUCGUGGACAUGGGCGACAGGUCAAGACGAAAACGCCGGUAAGCCAUUUUUAGCGGAGCAGAAAUCUCAGAAUGACCAGUCAAAAAAUUCCUACCUGUUGCGAUGUGUAAGUCUUGCCCGUGACUUCUUCGACAGUCCUCAGGGUGAAGCUGCGUCGGGUUCUGAGGGGUAUCUGCCUACCGCGAUUUCUCAGAGUCAAGAAACACGGCGCACCGCCUUAUGCAGUAUUCUCGUUAGUCUGCAUCUAUUGCGCGAGGAACAGAAACUAUCGAUUUGCGAUAGUGAAAGUUCUUAUCAAGAACGGGGAAUGCUAGCGCCUGUAUUAGCUCAGAUUGGUGGAUGGGUAGGAUGGAAAUCAUGGACUUGGAGCGAGGAUGGUUACUACGGUAUGGAAAUGGCGACAAUAGGCCGUUGGGUAUUUGAAGAAAAUCAAAUAUCCGGACUAGAUAUGCCACUGGAACCCUUCGUUCCCCCUUCAAUUUUUGAUCACCUUCAAGGUUCAAUCACAGCGCCACCAUUGAAUGCAUUCUCUACGCUUCUUGAUGUUUUCCCCGGCUCCAGUCGCACGUCUGAUAAACCCAGUCUGAGGAAUGAGGUUAUGGGACUGACCCCAAGAACAUUGGCUAUCAAUGGAUUCAUGUCAGAAGUACAUCAAGCGUCUAGUACUGUCGACAAAGUGAAACUCUUACUCCGCUGGGGCUUGACGAUUAGUGUGAUCGAGAGCCUACCAGAGGGUGUAAGUGCACCGCUCUUUGAACUUAUCGUACGCUGUCAGAUAAAACCACCGGUGUCCUGCACCGCUGCCUUGAUAGGACUUAUUGAUCGUGAUGAUCUUUACAUGUCUAUGGAGGUUGAAGCCACGACGCAACCCGCAUAUCGGACACAGAUGGGAGUAGGUCAUCUCUCGUUACGAGAUGUCCACCAUAUAGGAGCCUCGACACUAGAUUUUGAGCUCUCAAACUCCUUUGAGGCUUCUGUCGAAGCUGAUCGGAUGGCUGUUACUAGAUUGAUGUACCGGGAGGAUAGGCGUCUCCAAGAAGCCUCUAAGCUUCUCAAUCAAACCAAAGCACCAGUAGCACAAUGUAUACCGGAACCGGGGUGGACUGACUCUGAGUUACUUGAAGCUCAAAAAGAAGUCGUUCAGCUCGUUACCAUGAGGACUCUGUCGGUGCCUGCUGGUCGGGCAUUAUUCAUGUUCAGUGGUCGGUCACCUUUGCUAACAGAGAAGCUCCCGAUACCAUCGUUUUCGCUGCAAUGUUUGAUGAAGCCAUCAAACGUGACAAUAAGUGCAGAUAGAUCAGCAUUCAAUGAGGAAAAAGUAUGCUGGGCUUUCUUUCACAAUGGAGCGGCAACGGGAUUGGCUAUAUCCAAGGCUUCCAAGGGAAUUGACACUUCUUGGAUCCUCUACAACAAACCACAAGAACUUACAAACCGACAUGCGGGAUUCUUGCUUGCCCUUGGGCUGAACGGGCAUCUCAAGAACCUGGCAAAAUGGGUCGCAUUUAAAUAUUUGACUCCAAAACAUACGAUGACAUCAAUCGGUCUGCUUCUCGGUUUGUCUGUAUCUUACUUGGGAACCAUGGAUACACCCAUCACUCGCUUACUUUCGGUGCACGUUACACGAAUGCUGCCUCAGGGUGCAGCUGAGCUUAAUCUUUCGCCACUUACCCAGACGGCGGGCAUUAUGGGCAUUGGACUACUUUACUGUAAUUCUCAACACCGGCGAAUGAGUGAAGUGCUACUAUCUGAAAUCGAGAAUGUGGAACAGGAAGAAGUAGGCAUUUCUCAAGAGACCCUUCGCGAUGAAGGAUAUAGGCUUGCCGCUGGAUUCGCCCUCGGAUAUAUUAACCUUGGCAAAGGAAAAGAUCUUCGAGGUCUACGAGAUAUGCAAAUUGUCGAGCGACUUCUGGCAAUAGCUAUUGGGACCAAGAAUGUCGACCUGGUGCACAUCUUGGACAGGGCAACCGCAGGUGCUACUGUAGCUCUCGCAAUCAUCUUCAUGAAAACGAACGACGAAAUGCUUGCUCAUAAAAUCGAUAUUCCAGAUACAACUGUGCAGUAUGACUAUGUUCGCCCAGACAUCUUCCUUUUACGUACACUCGCUCGGCAUCUUAUCAUGUGGGACAGCAUUGAGCCGACCUCAGAAUGGCUGCUUCGCAGCAUUCCGAAACCUUAUAGGAAGAAAGAUGGACUCAGUACUAUCCGACAUCUUUCAAGCGACGACAUGCCAUUCUUCAACAUUAUCGCGGGUCUAUGUUUUGCGAUCGGAUUGCGAUAUGCGGGCUCAGCUCACAGUCAAGCAAGAGAUCUGCUCAUCCGAUUCCUCGAUCAGUUCCGGCGGAUAGUCCGGCUCCCUGCUAUGCAUUACGAUAGCCAACUAGCACGCAACUCGGUGCGCCAUUGUCAGGAUAUAGUGGCGAUUUCAGCCGCAGCGGUGAUGGCCGGAACAGGUGAUUUGAACUUGUUCAGGCGGCUACGCUCGCUCCACGGGCGAAUCGAUCCUCAUACGUCGUAUGGAAGUCACAUGGCGGCACAUAUGGCCAUCGGCUUGCUUUUCCUGGGAGGUGGAUGCUACACUUUGGGCACGUCUAAUUUGGCGAUUGCAUCGAUGUUGUGUGCAUUCUACCCACUGUUUCCUACAUCAGUCCUAGACAAUAAAUGCCACCUCCAAGCAUUUCGACACCUAUGGGUUUUAGCGGCGGAACCGCGUUGUCUCAUCGCCAGGGAUGUUGAUACGCGACGGCCUAUUACCAUUCCUGUAUCACUGCAUAUGAAAGAUGGCACUACAAGAGAGACUACUGCGCCAUGCUUGCUGCCUAACCUAGAGGAGAUCGCAUCGGUCAAAGCGCACGGUCGAGACCACUGGCCCCUAGUCCUUGACUUUGACCGAAACGAGCAAUUGCGCGGAAAAUUCCGAAAGGGUGACCAAUCCAUCUAUUUACGACGAAACUCGACCUACGACCCAUCCGGAGGCUCCGUAUUUGCUUCGACACUGCUAGGGCUGAGUGAAGCACAGGAUAUUCUGCCCAGUACUACAAUAGGCUCUUGGAGAAGGCCCAUACCGAACAGCGUGGCAUUGCUGAUGUCUCAGGGGCGAAGAAACAAAGCAAACAACACCGUUAGACAGGAUGUAUGGGAUUGGAUUUUUGCGUUGCGUCCUUUGCAGGGGUUGGAUGUUGGUGAUCGGUCGGCCGUUUUGCCGCCAUCUGCAACCUUCCAGUUUCGAUCGCGGUUUUUGGCGGCGGAGGAUGGGGUGACAUCGGUGGUUACGAUUCCAGCCUGGCUUAGAGUGUCGUCCGUGGACAGUCGUCUUGUGUUGGAAAGCAUAGUCAAUGAGACGGUUGCAGGACUAACGACUGUACAAGGACAAGCGUAUAGCUUCGAUGAGGUUAAAGAUCGGCUUUGGCAGUUACGCCUCCUCUUUGCCUGGGUCGAUCGUCAAGUGGAGCUUGAAAGACGGGAAGAAGUACACCACGAAGCUGGUGAGCAUGGAACUCAGUCUAUGACGGUCCAGAAGCGAGCCGAAAAACGAGGAGUCGAAGGAGGCUUGUGGCUGAACUACGACGUUAUUGAGCAAGCGCGAUGGAAGAUCUGGGGUAUUCAGGUGAGGGAUUUGGACACGGCCGGACACGCGGGCCAGACCUCCCUACAGAGCACUCCAUCGUAG